AUGAGCAAAUAUCAAUCAUCUUCGAGAGUGGAACAGUAUCUAUUACAUCGCCUUGGCAAAGUCAUCGUUUUAGGUGGGUGGGUCAUUCUAGGCAAGACUGAGACAAUCCGAAAUGCUUUCUGCGGACGGAUCGUGGAAAUCGCAAAAUUAGCGAUCAAGUUGGACAGUGCGAUUAAAGAAGGGAUCACAUCCCAGGACCUGGACGCCUAUUUCACGGCGGAUGAAACCGUCUCGUGCACAUGUGAGCUUGGAUUGAAGUCGUCCGAUGAUAAAAGAAAGACGGCCAGAAUUUUGCUGAAGGCAGGGGUAGUCGUUCCGUCAGCGCUCGUAUAG